UCUCGAAAUCCAGAAUAGAAAAGUAAUGAAGAUCAUUAUUGUUCUCGUAUUCAGUUAAGUUCGGUAGAAAUUUAAAUAAUUAGCUUACUUAAUAAAUUCUUGCGAAUGAAUUGAAUUAGUGAAAACAUACCAUGGCAAGAUCUUUAGUAAACGCUGUUUCCAUUGAUGAAGCAUUAGAAAAGACAAAAUUCGGAAAAUUCAACUACUUCAUAAUAUGUGUGUCCGGACUUAUUUUAAUAAAUGUUAUAAUGGAAACACUGGGCAUUAGUUUCGUUUUGCCAAUAACCAAAUGUGACCUAGAAUUAACAUAUCAGGAUAAAGGUAUACUUGGUGCAGUUGGUUUUCUAGGAAUUAUAACAAGCUCUCAUCUCUGGGGAUUCUUGGCUGAUACUAAUGGACGAAGAAAAGUCAUAGCACCAACACUCUUAGCUGGGUAUUUCGUUUCAGUUGUGUCGAGUUUUUCACCGAAUUUUGUUACUCUCGCUAUUCUUCGUUAUUUAAAUGGAUUUUUAGUGUCUGGUGCCUCAGCGACGAUAUUUGCUUAUCUUGGUGAAUUUCACUGCAAUAAACUUAGAAAUCGUGCCAUCAUGUCGGCUGCAUUUGUUGCUGCAAUAUGCGCUCUAGCCCAUCCAAUUAUGGGAUGGGCGGUUAUAAACCGAUAUUGGUCAUUCUAUGUUCCGCUUGUGGAUAUUGUCUAUAAACCUUGGCGGAUGUACAUAUUAUGCUGUGGAUUGUUGGGUUUUGUCUCGGGUUUGUGCUUUAUUGUUCUACCCGAAAGCCCCAAGUAUUUGAUUUCUAUUGGAAAGGAAACCGAAGCAAUUGCUGUUCUGAAAAUGGUGUAUUCCAUCAACACCGGUAAUAAAGCAGAAAGUCUUGAAGUUUAUUCAAUUGUCCCCGAUGUUGAGGACGAACAAAGAUUAAAAUUGAUAAGAGGUGAAGAUUUGUAUAUCGUGUUUCUAUUUCGAUCGAUGUGGAAUCAGACAGCACCUUUAUUCAAACGAGAGCAUUUGCGCAAGACUCUUUUGUCUUGUCUUAUACAAUUUUGGAUAUUUUUCAGUGCACAAGGACUUUAUAUGUGGUUUCCAUCUUUGCUAAAUACUGUUAUGCAAUUUACAAAAGACUUUCCAGAUGAAAGAAACCAAAUGUGUAACAUAUUUUACAAAGUAGAAAGAACAACCAGUAAAGAAGACGAAGCUCAGGAUACAACUUGUGUACAAACCCUUGAAAUCACAACAUUCCAGCACACAUUCGGUCUGGAAGUUAUAUUCGUUGCGAUUUUGGUAUUUAUCGGUUAUUUUACUGGUAAACUUGGACGAAGGCCUUCUCUAUUUAUAAUAUUAUUCAUAUGUGGCAGCUGCGGAGUUUUAUCUGUACUCGUGGAUAUUCCAAUAAUUGCGGUUUAUUUUCUUGUAGUACUGCUUGUUUGUGCAAUAAGUUCGUCUGUUCUUAGCGCUGUCAUUGUGGAUAUAUUUCCAACGCAUUUACGAGCAAUGGCAGUAUGCAUUUGUUUGAUGAUGGGACGAAUUGGCAGCGUAAUUGGAACUAAUGUCAUCGGUGCAUUAAUAGAAAACCAUUGUCAAUUGGCCAUACUCCUGGCUAGCUCGUUUUUACUUUCAGGUGCAUUUACAGCGUUUCUUUUGCCCAAAGGAGCAUCAUCAAAAAAGGAUCAAAAUAUUUCCAUAGAAACCUAAACCUGCUUAUACUAUUUAAAUAUACAAAAUUAUUAUCAAUAUACGUCAAACAACUACAGUCAUAUAUAAUUAAGAAUAAAAUUAAAUUAAAAACAAACAACAAAAUGUUUGACCUCUUACUGCUUAGUAAAUUUAAAUAUUAUAAUACUAUUUAUAGCUUAUGUAAAUUAAAGUCUUUUAUUUUUAAAUUGAGAAAACACUUAUCAUUU